UUUUUCUGGCAGGUGCAUGGGGGUUUUCGUAUUUAGCUGGAACUGCUUAUUAACCAGUGUCUCUUCUCCUUUCUUUUCUAUACACUGCCCCGUGAUGGAUUUUGGUGCCUUGCCUGCGUGGUUUGCCCGGCUGUCUCAUCUCUGGCAUCAUCAUGACAACAGAGAAGAGUCUAGCGGUGGACGCCGACAACUCAGAGCAGCAGCAAGCCAAGGAGGAGGAAGGAGCUGCUGAAACACAAAAGCAAGAGGCAUCCCUAGAGGAGGGGGCUCAGCAGGCGUCGGAGGGGCAGCCUGCAGCGGGGCAAAAGCAGAAGGCCUCCAACGGCGAUACACCCACGCACGAGGAGCAGAGCAAGAAGGAGCGCCGCACCCCCGAGGGCCGGGGUCUCUCCCGCCUCUUCUCAUCCUUUCUCAGGAGGCCCAAGUCUCAGGUGUCCGAAGAGGACAAAGACAGUGAUGCUCCUAAAGAGGCAGGUGGUGGCCAGAAAGACCCGGGAUUAGGAGCCAGCCCUGAUGAAGACAUCCUGGUGAAAGCCCCGAUUGCAGCUCCUGAGCCCGAGCUCAAAACCGAUCCAUCACUCGAUCUCCAUUCCUUAAGCAGUGCGGAAACACAGCCUGCGCAGGAGGAGAGGAGGGACAACCAGGAGCCGGACAGCGGAGACCUCGGGGGCAAGGACGGAGGGGAAGCGAAGGAAGAGUGUGCCAAGCCGGAGCCGAAACAAGAGACUCCGGAGACCAAGGCGGACAAGGAUUUGAAAGCUGCCCAGAAAGCAGUAAAAAGACACAGAAACAUGUACUGCAAAGUCGUCUUGCUGGAUGACACCAUUUUUGAGUGCGCCGUGGAUAAACACGCCAAGGGGCAGGAUCUACUUAAAAAAGUCUGUGACCACCUCAAUCUCCUGGAAGAAGACUACUUUGGUUUGGCCAUAUGGGACACACCAACCUCCAGGACGUGGCUGGAUCCUGCCAAAGAAAUAAAAAAACAGGUUCACGGCGGCCCCUGGGAUUUUACCUUCAAUGUCAAGUUUUAUCCACCGGACCCUGCGCAGCUGACGGAGGACAUAACCAGGUAUUACUUGUGUCUUCAGCUUAGACAAGACAUCAUUACGGGGCGGCUGCCCUGUUCCUUUGCGACUUUGGCUCUGCUGGGUUCGUACACGGUCCAGUCUGAGUUGGGAGACUACGAUCCUGAUCUGCACAGCCCGGAUUACAUCAGUGAAUUUAAAUUGGCCCCAAACCAGACAAAAGAGCUCGAAGAGAAGGUUGUGGAGCUUCAUAAGACAUACAGAUCCAUGACUCCAGCCCAAGCAGACCUGGAAUUUCUUGAGAAUGCAAAGAAGCUGUCUAUGUAUGGAGUUGACCUUCACCAAGCCAAGGACUUGGAAGGAGUGGAUAUCACUCUGGGAGUCUGUUCCAGUGGCCUUCUUGUUUACAAAGAUAAACUGAGAAUCAACCGCUUCCCUUGGCCCAAAGUCCUGAAGAUUUCUUACAAGCGCAGCAGCUUCUUUAUUAAGAUUCGGCCAGGAGAGCAAGAACAGUAUGAAAGUACAAUUGGGUUCAAGCUACCAAGUUACCGGGCAGCGAAGAAGCUGUGGAAAGUAUGUGUUGAACAUCACACGUUUUUCAGGCUGACUUCCACUGAGGCCAUCCCGAAGAGCAGGUUCCUGGCACUGGGCUCCAAGUUCCGCUACAGCGGCCGGACGCAGGCACAGACGAGGCAGGCGAGUGCCUUAAUCGACCGACCUGCUCCCCAGUUCGAGCGGACGGCAAGUAAGCGAGCCUCCAGGAGCCUCGAUGGAGCUAAACGUGCGACUCAAAAAGUUCAGUUCAGAGCCGUAGAGGAAGAGAAGCAGGAGGAGGUGGUGGUGGUUGAGGUUCCUGAACCAAAACCCGCGGAUCAGAUCCGAGAGAAGCCAGCCAAACAAGCUCUUGAAACUUUUGAAAUGAAACCCAUUGCAGAGGAGGAAGAGGAGGAGGAGAAGGUAGAGAUGGUUAAGGUUCCUGUUGCCAAGCCAAAGUUCCUGGAGCCGUUGCAGACGUGGUCAGCCAAACGUGCUCUUGGCAAUGUUGAGAUAAGCCCAGUUGAAGAGGAGGAGGAGGAAGAAAAAAUGGUGGUGAUGAGAGAACUAGAGCCGGUUCCGAAGGAGUCAGCAGUGGCUGUGAUAACCCCCGAGAGGAGUCCCCGUCCCACCUCCGCCCCGGCCAUUGCUCAGAGCCACACCGCAGAACCAGUCCCAGCUAAGCCUGAUGCGAAGGAUGCGGCCGCUGCAUCCAAAGUAGAAAAAGAAACAGCAAAACCCGAUGUGAGACGUGAAGAAAUCCUACCGGACAAAGCCAAGCCGGAGCCAGCCGACGCCGUGAAGGUGAGGAAAACACACAUUGAGGUCACAGUACCCACCACGAAUGGUGACCAGCGCCAGCAGCAGCCUGCAGAAAAAGAGGAAGAGCUGAUAAGAAUGAGGAAGAAAAGAUCAAAGAGGCUAGAUGGUGAAAACAUUUAUAUCAGGCAUAGCAAUUUAAUGUUGGAGGAUCUAGAUAAGACCCAGGAAGAAAUAAAGAAGCAUCACGCCAGCAUCAGUGAGUUGAAGAAGAACUUUAUGGAGUCCGUCCCGGAGCCUCGGCCGAGUGAAUGGGACAAACGUUUGUCCACUCACUCCCCUUUCCGAACCCUCAACGUCAACGGGCAGAUUCCCACAGGAGCAGAUGGAAGAAUGAGUGACUUUCUCUCCAGAGAGGAUGUGGCUGCAGUGCCAGAGCGGAGCAGUGUUAACACUGGCUUUGCUGGGGGGGGCUCAAAGCAGUCGGUAGCUUUUAGUGAGACCCCCGUGCCACCCGCCUCAGAGCCUUCCCCCAGCCGUGCCUUUGGUGCUUCCUCCCUAAGCAGCCAGGAGGAGGAGGCGGCAGCUCCCAGCCUCCCCGCGAGUGAGGAGGACCUGAGAUGUGGAAAGGGGGUUUGUGCAGAUGUGGAGAAGGACUCGGAGCUCUCUGAGCUGGAGCCCCCCCCCAGCCCUGCCGCACCUCCCCGGCAGCCCUGGGGAGGAGAGGAGGAGGUGGCAGAGGAUGGCGAAGACAGGUUUGCCUUUAGAAAGCUAAACGGCGAGUGUCACGACGCCGACGUUAAUAACGGGCUGCCGGCAGUCAUUCGCUGCUUCCAGCCACCGCUAGUGAAGACACAGACGGUCACCAUCUCCGACGUGUCCAGCGCUGUCAAAAGCGAAAUUCCCACAAAAGAAGUCCCCAUCGUCCACACAGAGACAAAGACCAUCACCUACGAAGCUGCACAGACAGAUGGUGGUAAUGGAGAUUUAGACCCUGGCAUCCUGCUGACUGCUCAGACCAUCACUUCAGAAACCACCAGCAGCACCACCACCACGCAGAUCACGAAGACUGUAAAAGGUGGCAUUUCAGAGACGCGGAUUGAGAAGAGGAUUGUCAUCACAGGAGAUGCAGAUGUAGACCACGACCAGGUUCUAGCGCAGGCGAUAAAAGCAGCCAAGGAGCAGCACCCGGACAUGUCGGUGACCAAAGUGGUUGUGCACCAGGAGACAGAGAUUGCAGAGGAGUAGCGAGGCUGUGAAGCGUUCCUGCCAGACACAACACCAGGAAAAAGAAACCCAGCAAAACUACCAAGAAACUACCUGGAGCACAAAGACCUCGGAUUUACAAGACUUGACACUCAGAGACAUUCAUAUCAUUUAUUAGGAGUUGCGCUUUUUCAUUUUACUUGGGAUUUUCCAGACUCCACUGGAUCCUGUCAGAUAUAGGGUUUUGUUUGUUUUUUUUUUAUAUAUAUAUUGUGACAAAAGUAUGCCAUAUUUCUAACUGUACUGAAUAUUUUUUACAGGUUUUCAAUUUUGCAUUCCCUCUCACGCAUAGCCUCUUCAGAUACAGACACCCGACACACCUCACAGGGCUCAAAGGGUCGCUGUUUUAAGUCGUAUUUCCUCCGCCUUGUCAGGGAUAACGGAGAUAAGCCACAUCCACGCAUAAUUCCAAGUGCAGGAUCCCUACACGCCUUCAAAAAGCCGUGGGUCCUUCUGCCGGGAGAGUCAGUUUAGAGCAAGUCAGACUUCAGUUUUGUGCAGCAUUUCCGAUUGCCUCUUUAUUAUUAUUAUUAUUAUUAUUUUAUUUUUUAGCUCUAGGGAGCUUGAGACUCCAGUCGCGAUACCUGGGCGUGCAGGGCAGAGCUGCUGCCUUCGCUCCGACUUUCCUCCCCGUUGGGUUUCAGGCCCCCGAUGUGUGAACACAGUAGGGUUGUGUGGUGUAGCCUAUGCACACAUCUUGAUAGUUGACUAGAUUUAAGGAAUACUGGAAGUUGCUUCAAGUAUCUUAUACUGUGAAUUUUAGAGCUUUAAGAGGACUGUGAUAGCAUCUCGCCUUCCUCCUGUGUGUCUCUACCGAGUGCUGCCUACCUGUUUGUGUUUUCUAGAUGCCGUUAAAUUAAAAAGCCCUUAGAAGCGUGCAUUUAAGGUGUUUGGACUCUGAAUGCUAUUAAGGUAGGCUUAUGCAGCAUUCACAGUAACUGAUUUUUUUUCAGUGUCAUAGUUUUUCACUCGUUUGUGUUCAUGAUUUAUAAAUUAGGGGGUUUUUUUAUAAGUCACGGGUUGGGUUUUUUUCCUCCUCUCACAGUGCUAUUUAAAGCUAAACGCAUUACCCAUAUACCAGGGCAUCUAUCGUACUAUCGUUAAAUUUAAAAUCCUGUAGACAAUCCUUCCUAGGCCUGGAAGCUGUAUUUGGAGAGGCCGAACAAGAAAUUUUAGGAGGUGCCAGGUGGUGCUGGAGCCAAGCUACGGGAAGGUGCUGCCACCCCUUCUUCCGCGCCGGCAUCGGGGUCUGGGCUUCCUUGGGCAUCGUGGCCACCUUGCUGGAAUGAGAUACCAGGGUUAGUGUCUGCAUCUUUAGGCUGAGCUUGCAGACCACCGGCCCCAUCUCCAGUGUGGUAGAGAUGACCAGAAAACGACUUCUUUGCAGCUGGAUGUGCUUCGCUCUGUGGCACCGCGGGCUGAGUUCCCGCUGCUGCGUUAUGAGCUUUGUGGAGAUGUUCUAAUCAUGCCCUGAUUUCUCCUUCCAGCAUUUAAAUUUAAAAAGGAAAAAAAAAAAACCCAAAAAACCAGCCCACAAGCAUUGUAAAGAUUCUGCCCAGACACUUGUGAACACUUUAGUAUACUUUGAGGUUGUGAUUUCUUUUUUUUUAAAUAUAUAUAUAGUGUGGCACAUUGGUAGCUGAGGGCAUGGAGUGCUCUGCCGCUGCUCCUCAGUUGAGGAUGGGAAGAAAAUGGCAAUAAAGAAAAAAGCUCUCUGCUAUUAUGAAUUUGAAUAAUGUGUUUCAGAAGUCACUGGAUUUAGCUCAGGCUGCAACGACUUGCUGUUUAACUGCAAACAGCUUUCAAACUACACUGGGGCUAGUGUAGCUUCUCAGAUUCAGGUGCAAUUUUAAUUAAGCUGUCAGUAUUGAUUGGAGACUUACGCUGAAAACGCUGGAGCUGCUGGAUUUUUGCUUUCUUUGAGCCUUGCUGGCCCUGAAUCCUCCUCAGCCUCCAGUAUUCCCACGCCAGUAGCUGCUGCUCUGGGUGCGCGCGGUCCCUGCUGGUGAUGCUCUGCCCUCCACUGGGUACCGGGCAUCUGACUUGGGAUUUAGGGAGUCCUGGGCUCCACAGCUGUAGCGCAGGGAUUAAGUCUUCCUAUUUAUGUCUGAACAGCCCUUCCCUUCCUUACUCUGCAACGCGGAUCCUGUAACAGGUCUGUGUCCCUGCUGUCCUCAACUUAGCUUGCCUUAAAUGCCCGUCAUGCUGAGCACCCCUCCAGCAAUGUCCCUUUGCUGGGAACUUAGGUUUUUGCCACUCUGCUCCUUCCUUCUCACCCUGUAGCAGCUACCUGAGGAGUAAACGGGCACGCUGAGUAGUCAUUUAGAGUAUUUCCGAGCUUUACUAGACAAAGCCAGCGUGAUGAGUUUUGUCCGUAGCACUUAAAGACUGUCACAACCUGGGUGUUCAGUUGGGGUGAGCACGAUGAGCAGGACAAAACACCCUGAGCAGGGAUUUCUGGGGUGAGAAACCUGCUGGCACGAGAGGUGGUUCCUUUCCAAAAGGACCGUGGCUGCGCAUGUCCCUUUUUAAGGGCACAUAGACUAGAAUAACCCUAAUUUUUUUUUUCCUGGAUUUUGGGUGGACUGUUUCCAGGCUGUUCAUUCUCGUGCUUCCCCUUCUAAGUUCUUGCUUCUCCUUGAGUAUUUUAAACAAGUUAUUGCCUCGUCUGACCUUUGCCAUCACGCUGCUAUCUGACCCCACGUGGGAUUUCCAGCCCUGCUGCCCCUGCGCAGCCGCCUGCGUGCAGAGCCCGAGCCCGGGAGCUGGAUGGCAGCAGCAGCAGCAGCCUGGGAAGAAGAUUAAGAGCAGAAGAAGCUUCUUCCAUCCUCGGCCGGGGCCGUGGGGGGGCUGCCCACACCCCUUCCACCUCCGACGGGUUUUUAGCAUCCUUGGCUCUUAGCGUGCUGUGUCAUUUCUAGGGACAAACCAGCAAAGGAAGGUCUAUUUAUAUGAAUGUUCCCAGCUCUUCCUACUCUACAAAUUCACCCAGAGACUGUCUUGAUUGUAUAAUAUACAUUAUAUGGAAGCUAUUUAUAUAUGAAUGAAUGUUUUUAUAGAAAGGAAGGCAAGGAGCUCAUGUUCUCCUCCAUUAAACUGGAACGGCAGCUCUGGUUGCCAAAUAGCAAUCUCUGACCAAUGCAGCUGUGUUAGCAAAGGACUGACUGAUUUCUGGUUUUAAUAAACUGUGGUUUGCUGAUUUUCCUAAUUGUACAAUUACUUUAAGAGGUGGUAGUGUCCCAGCCUUAGAGAUGAAACUUGUAAAAAAAAAAAAAAGUAAAAAAAAAAUUUAAAUAAAUAAUUUAGUUGAGAAUAUGAAGGAGCUUUGUAAAAUUUUUUUAAGGCAAUUGUGAAUUGUCUAGGCUAGCUGUUUACACUCUUCUUUAUAAAAAUAGGAACUUUUAAAAUUGGCAGUUCUUUAUAGAUCAACUAGUGAUGGGAGCUGUUAUUUUGGACUUUCAUAGUAAAUCAAAGGGAAAGUUGCCGUAGCAUUUAGACAGACAUAAGUGUUUAGUAUUGCUUCUUGUAUUGCAUUUUUCAAUAAAUUUUCAAACAAAACUGUC